AUGGCUGUGCCAGCGUUACUCGCAGGAGGAAAAACCACUGCCUUAGGAGGUAUAGGAGCUGUGGCGAAUUAUGGAACCAAAAAAGCCUUUCAUUCCUUAUCCAAACGUAAGCGGAAGUAUAAAAAGAGACGCACAUGAACAGUUUGUUAAUAAUAAAAGCAGAACGAUGACAGGGCGUAUGUCUCGGUAAGCUAUGUUUUUAAAAGGCGUGUUGAAUGAAGCGAAUAAGCAUAAACGUCAACAAAAAAUUCGCUAUGCCAAUGCACAUCAAAUUAAUGCCGUGAGUGAAUUAGUCAUGAAUAUUCUCAGGGGGGCUAUCCGUCAAGGUAGAACCACUCUAUCAAGACUCAAACCUCAAGCAACCAACUUCGUGUUAAGUACUUCGGAAAGUAUAAAAAGACGACGACAGCUUAUGAUGCAUCAGUUAGGAAAGGCCGUUAUCAUUGCGCUCAAAAUCAGUAUCGUUAUUAAGAUGAAACGAGUCCUGUUAGAACGGUUUCUUUGCGUCGUGGAAGGUAUUUUAUCUUUCGCUCAGAUGAUAAAAGAACUUCAACAAAAAUUGAAACAAAAGUUUUCCGACUUGUUUUAACCAAAAAAGUAUACGUAGGCACUCUAACAAGACUCACCUCAGUUUUUAGUAUGGACGGCAACAGCAGUACACCCACAAAAAUUCCAUUCAAUUUUUACAAUUAUGGGAUCAAUACAAAUCUAAACUCUUGGAUGAUAGUCGACUCACCAAAGCCGCUGAUUUAGGCGUUCAACAUCAUUUACUGUUGGAAAGUAAUGCACCCGAUGGUUGGAAAGAACCGUGCUUGAAAUAAGUAGGAAGACAGUUACGGCAAUGGACUAAAAAAGUUCGCCAACCAGGUGGGACACGGACUAUAGGAAGUGAAGACUUGGAAGAGGAUGAUGAGAAUAAUUUAGCCAUAGCGCCUAUGCAGCAAUUUAUUUCCAACAUAGCCAGUAUUCAAAAAGGUAUAAAAAGACCAGCGACUCCAAAGACCCCUGAAAUAAAACAGUCACCUAUUACACCUGAUAUAACAGUCACCUGUUACACCAGCCAAAUUCUUUAA